UUCCCUACCUUAUUACUCAGCUCUACUUAUGUCGACAUCGCUUCUCUCUGAAUCAGUUUAAACGUUUCCUCGCCUGUUUGCUAAUUCCUUCUCCAUCGUGGUGUUGUGUGGGCAAACUACCCGUCUGAAAUGGAUGUUGAGAGUUAACAAGGAUGUGUCUACGAGCGGUUUGAUUCGAGAGCCAGGAGCGAGCCAUGCUGACCCACAUCAGAGCCCGCAGCAGGAGUUUGUUCCCGGGCUACAAGCCAGGAGGCCAGACUCAAGCCGCCCAAGAUGCAGCCGACUAUCUGCACUUCACCAACGCCUUUGUUAAGCCAUGGAACUCCAUGCAGGAUCUGGGCAGAGACAUCUACGACAUGUAUGCCGAGUACGAAAGCGACGAGAUUGAAGAUCAGUUCCCGGUGUCUCCCCCCUCCCAGCUGCUCUCCCCGAAAAAACACUUCACUCUCAACAUCAACGUCGGAGGAACGGUGUACUACUUGCCCUACAGGUUAGCAGCCAAGUACCCGAAGACGCGCAUCGGCCAGUUGGCCACGUACACGGACCACAGCAGGAAGCUGGACCUCUGUGACGACUACGUCGUCCAGAGCAAUGAGUUCUUCUUCGACCGGGACCCCAAAAUCUUCCACAACAUCUUCAACUUCUACAGGACCGGAGUGUUGUGCAUUAAAGACGAUCUGUGUCCGCGCAACUUCCUGGAGGAGAUAAACUACUGGGGAGUCCGGAUCAGAAACAGCCAACGCUGCUGCCGUAUCUCCUUCGAAGAGAGGCAGGACGAGCUCAACGAGCGGCUGAAGAUCCAGAGCGAGCUGAUAGCAGAGCUGGAGAUGGAGGAGAACGAGGUGCUGUUUGAUGGCUUGGCCUUCGGGCCGACCCGGAGGAACAUCUGGAACAUGAUGGAGAACCCUUUCUCCUCCAUCACCGCCAAGCUGAUGGCGGUCGCCUCCUCCAUGUUUGUGCUGGUCUCACUGGUCACCAUGGCGCUCAACACUGUGGAGGAGAUGCAGUACAAGACGGCGUCGGGCCAACUCAGCGGCAGGUUCUACGGCGAGAGCGUGGAGUCGUUCUGCAUCUGCUUCUUCACCCUGGAGUACCUGCUGCGCCUGGUUUCCACCCCCGAACUCAAGUGUUUUGCACGCAGCGUGCUGAACACGGUCGACCUGGUCGCCAUCCUGCCGCACUACCUGCAGCUGAUUCUGGAGUGCUUCGAGGACAAAGACACGCACCUGCACUCGGGGGACAUCGAGGCCGUGUCACGUGUUGGAAAGCUGGGUCAGGUUCUAAGGAUCAUGCGUCUGAUGCGGAUCUUCCGGAUCUUGAAGCUGGCUCGUCACUCAACAGGCCUCCGAGCCUUUGGCUUCACGCUGAGGCAGUGCUAUCAGCAGGUGGGCUGUCUGCUGCUCUUCAUCGCCAUGGGCAUCUUCAUAUUCUCCGCCAUGGUGUACACCGUGGAGCACGACGUGUACAACACCAACUUCACCUCCAUGCCGCACGCGUGGUGGUGGGCCGCCGUGAGUAUUUCCACAGUGGGCUACGGCGACGUCAUCCCCGAGACCAGCCUGGGCCGCAUCUUCGCCUUCGCCUGCAUCUCCUUCGGCGUCAUCCUCAACGGGAUGCCCAUCUCCAUCCUCUACAAUAAGUUCUCAGACUACUACACCAAGCUCAAGUCCCACGAGUACGCCGCCGUCUGCAAGGCCCGCGGCAAGAUGCACUUCACCAGGAGGGCAGCCAAGAGGCUGGCCGAGUACUGCGAGGACGCCGCUCAGCCGAGGACGUCCCGCCUGCAGCGCGGCAGGUCGUAGCUCUACAAAGUCCGCUGUGGGGGUUGUCAGGAAGGCGGAUACCUGUGACCUUCUGUAGGUCGUUUCAACACGAGGACACCAGCUCGUCUCCAAUAGUCUAACUUAGGACUAUUUAAAGGGAUAUUUAUUCCAUCCCAGUGGGGAAUGACUGAAAAAAAAGUUGUUCCUCCAAAGCUCACAUAUUCCAGGAUUCAAGAGCAAAUGGCAAUCUGACUGAAAUCAUAAAUUGACGACCCGACAUCUGGACGUCUCUCUAAUAAUAAAGCAUUUUAUCUACAACGUGUUGUCAUUAAGCUUUGCAGCUCUCCCCUGUGUGUCUGUGCCACUGCAGGAAAUCCAUUGCAGAACUGCUUGUAAGUCCUUGGUUUUCCGGGGUUCCGCUAUAAUAAACAGUAUGUUGUUGCUAGAUGACAGGUUGAGUUACAUUAGUACUUAGUAUAGAGACUAGG